GUAGUCGCCAUUGACUCACACCGACAGCACCACCAACAGCACCAACUGCACCACAGCACAUUAGCGAUAAGGGGGCAAACACAAUUAGUCUAUGAACAGCAAAAAGACAGGCGACAACGGCCACUAAUCGCUGUUAAGCAUUUGGACGAACGCCUGGAACAUGCAAUCUGACGGGCGUGGCAAUUGCCGAUGACCAUUCAAGCUGCUCGCUGCCUGCUACCUGCUACCUGCUACCUUCUCCGACGGAAAGAACGAAAACUAGGUGAGCAUUGAUUAUGCGCCUGCAAAUGCGACGCACGCUAACUCUGGUGCUGCUCUGCCUGUUCCUGUUCGGUGCGCUGAUUUACAAGAUUAACAAUUCGCCGCUGGUGAAUCAGAAUGGCAUAUUGCGCGAGUACCUGGUCGGCGGGCAGGUGGGCGUGGCCAGGCGACCAGCGACGCGAACAAUUCUGUUGUGGAGCAGCUUCUUUGGCAAUCGGCGCUGGAAUCUGCCCUACGAUACGCUCGGACCGCAACAGUUUCGAGAGGAUCUCGGCUGCCCGGUGUACCAGUGUGAGCUGAGCAAUCGACACGAGUACCUGCCGAGUCUGGAACUGUACGAUGCCAUCGUCUACCAUGUGGCGCAGCCGUUUCCGGUGCUGCUGCCGCUGCCCGCACGCCGCAGUCCACAUCAGGCGUACGUCUUCGCCCUGUUGGAGCCGCCGGGCGAGACCAAGCACCGGCUGAGCGACGAACAGCACUUCUAUAAUCUGACCAUGACCUAUCGCCUGGACUCGGACAUCGUCUGGCCCUAUGCCCACGUGCUGGACACGUUCACAGGAGCACCCAUAGCGCCCGCGCCCUUUCCCCACUGGCGUCAGCCGCCAGCGCUGGGCAGCUGGAACGACAGCACUGUCGCGAGUCUGUGGCACACCAAGUCCAAGAUGGCCGCCUGGUUCGUGUCCCACUGCCAGACGCUGUCGGAGCGCGAACAGCUCGCUGCCGCACUGCAGAAGCACAUCCAGGUGGACAUCUACGGCAAGUGCGGCACACUCAACUGUGCACGCGACGAUCCGCACUGCAGCGAGAUGCUGGACACGGACUACAUGUUCUACCUGGCCUUCGAGAACUCGCUGUGCACGGACUAUGUCACCGAGAAGCUAUACGAUGCACUGCAGCGCCGCAUAGUGCCCGUUGUCUUUGGCGGCGCCAACUAUAGCCGCUUCCUGCCGCCGCACUCGUACAUCGAUGCGAAUCGCUUCGAUAGCGUUGAGGAGCUGGCGCAGCACAUGCGCUUCGUGGCUGCCGACAAAGAGGAGUACAUCAGCUACUUCUGGUGGCGCGAGCACUAUCACCUGGCGACUUUCUCGCCCUUCUGUGAGCUCUGCGCUAGCCUCCAUCAGCCCAGCUGGACGCACAGGACCCAGAGCUAUGACAACAUUGAGUCGUGGUGGUUCAACGGCUGUCGGCUCUCCUCUCACAUACGGCUCUGAGCAGCGCAGCAAUAGCCGGACGCCCAUGAGACUGAAAGGAAUGCAACUAUGCCGAAUGCCAGUUGUUAGAGUGAGACAGGACAUUUCGAUAAGGAACACUAAGAAAGAAUAUUCCAUAGAGACAAGAUGUGGCCACAUACUGAUUAGCUCUAAGGGGCGUAUGCGACACGCCCACACACACACCUAUGCGGAUAUGUACGCAGCUAACGGAGCUUUGAGCUUACUGCUAGCUGUGUUUUCCCAUAUGCAAAGUACUUAGGUAAAUUAGAGGCUUUAUCUAUAUAGAGGCUAGCUAUACCGUUGGGAAUAUACUCACACGUAUAUCUAUUUAUAGCGGGCUUAUCAAAUGUUGUGAGAAACGCAACUAUAUCUCCCAAAUUCGUUUCACUAUGUCAACUUGCUCAGCGCUUUGGGCUUGCCCAAUCACACAGAUAAGAAGAAAUUUAUGACCUAUAUACAUAGUAUAUGUUGUACAUAUGUGCAUAUCUAUCUAUAUAUACACGUACACAUAUCUAUUGAGUGUACUCAUCUAAUGUGUAUUAGACUAUUAUACCGUUAUAUUUACUCUACCUAUAUUUAUUAACAUUUUUUUUUUUAUUCAACUUUCGAUUCAUUUAAGAUAUAUUGUCUUCAAAUCCAAUUUACAUUGAAUUUAUAUACAAAUUACUCCAUACUGAAAUCUUAACAGUAUUUAAUGAUAAUAACUUUUAAUUUCAAAUAAAAAGCAAUGCGCCGUUUCUUUAUA